AUGGAUAGGACGUUAAAAGAUCCUGUUAUCCACAUAUUCUUUGCAUUUUUAGCUCCCUUGAACAAGUCCAAUUCUAUUGUAGUCAAUGCCCUUCCAACUAAACAUGGUCCUUUAGAUGAAGUUGGUGAGAGCAUCGCAAAAAUGAGUAAGGAAACCGCAAAUAAAGAAAAGCGCUUCUCGUGUGAUGUAUGCAAAAUAAAAUUUAGAUAUCGAAGUCAAUUGGACAUUCACAAACGCAGACAUAAUGGCGAAAAACCAUUCAAAUGUGAAUCUUGUGGAAAUCAAUUUUUUACAAAGUCUGAAUUGAAUUCUCACAAACUGGUCCACAUUCAUGAAAGACCGCAUGAAUGCAGAAUAUGUGGAACAAAAUUCAAACGGCAGUCGCAUUUAUCUCAACAUAUGCGUACCCAUAGUGAAGAAAGGCCUUUCGAAUGUGAAAUAUGCAAGCAAGCUUUCAAGCAUAAAAAUUAUUUGACUAGACAUUUGCGCUCCCAUAGUGAAGAAAGGCCCUUUGAAUGUAAAAUAUGCAAGCAAGCUUUCAAGCAUACACAUCAUUUGACUAGACAUUUGCGCUCCCAUAGUGAUGAAAGGCCCUUCGGAUGUGAAAAAUGCAAACAAGUGUUCAAAUAUAAAUAUAAUUUGAAUCCUGCUAACCGUUUAUAG